AGUUCAGUUUACUUUGAAAAGCCCCGUAUAGUGCACCUGCUCGGCAACAAAAUGGGAUUAGACUAAUCCCAAUAAUGAAAUAACUAGCCAAAAAAGCUUAUCCAUGCACACUGUAAGUGAUUUUAAAUCAAUUAGUAUACUGUAUUUGUUAACAAGACUGCCACGAUAACUCUCAACAAAAAGAGUUUUCUGAUUCGGAGGGAUUCCAAUUAUUAUGGAACACUUUAAAUGCGUUCAAUCACAGCCGUCCGCGCCAAUCCAACUCUAAGAUCUCAUUCAAGAGAGUAUUUGGACACCUGACUUUUCAGCCUAUAAAUAGAAAGAAGCUGAGAGACACAAACAAGCAUAAAAGCAAAAGACUUUACAAAGAAGCAGAAAAACAAAAAAACUUGUGCUUUCUAUUGCGAAAAGAAGAUGAAUACUGAUGCUGUAGCUCCAACUUUGCAAGGCGAGUGGAUCAAGGUGGAGCAGAAAGGAGGAAAUGCACCAGGAAAGAGAUGCUCACACGGCAUAGCUGUGGUCGGGGAUAAGCUCUAUUCUUUCGGCGGCGAGUUAGAGACAAACGUUGCCAUCGACAAAGACCUUUAUGUCUUUGACCUCAACACUCAAAACUGGUCAAUCGCUCCGGCCAACGGAGAUGUCGUCCCUACGAUCAGCAGCUUCGGCGUCCGCAUGGUGGCCGUCGGAACUAAGCUAUAUGUCUUCGGGGGCCGCAAUGAGGAUAAAGUGUCCAGCGACUUUUACUCGUACGAUACGGUGACGAACGAGUGGAAGUUCCUGACGAAGCUCGGCGAAGAGGGAGGACCCGAGACUCGUACUUACCAUUCAAUGGCUGCAGAUGAAAACCAUGUCUAUGUAUUUGGUGGGGUGAACCAAGGUGGGGAGAUGGUAACCCCCUUUCGGUUCAGGACGGUGGAGUCGUAUAACAUUGAUGAUGGGAAAUGGGCUCAGCUACCGGAUCCUGGUGAGCAGUUCCCUAUGUUCGAGAAAAGAGGAGGAGCUGGAUUCCAUGUGGUGCAAGGGAAGAUUUGGGUGGUUUACGGGUUUGCAACUUCGCCUGAUCCUAAUGGGAAUAAUGACUACGAGUCUGAUAAAGUGCAAUUUUACGAUCCGGCCUCUCAAAAAUGGACCCAAGUAGAGACCAAAGGAGAUAAACCUUCAGCAAGGAGCGUGUUUGCGAGUGCGGUGGUAGGAAAACAUAUACUGAUAUUCGGAGGUGAGACCUGGCCGGAUCCAAACUUCCAUUACGGUCCGGGAACGUUGUCCAAUGAGGGUUUCGCAUUGGACACAGAGACAUUGGUGUGGGAGAGGUUUACAGGAGGGGAUGAUCCGGAUACGCGUGGUUGGACGGCUUCCACGGCUGCCACAGCCUAUGGGAAGAAAGGCCUCUUCAUGCAUGGAGGAAAAAUUCCGACCAAUGACCGAACCGAUGAACUCUACUUCUACGCAGUCAAUUCCGCCUGAUCCAUGCUCUCAUUCUCAAGGUUACUUUGUUUGUUUGUUGAGUAUUAUAUGAGACAAUGAAGGUUUGUGUUUGCAUGUUUUCUUUAUUACUCUAAAUCAAGUUACGUGUGUUCUGUGUGUUUGUGGUUUGGAAAUUGUUAUCGUAAUAAAGUGUUUACGUGUGUCUCUAAUAAAUGAUAUGAUAUAUCUACAGAUUUGUUUGUAUCA